AUGCAUUUAUUCACGUUUAUUCUACCCUUGGCUAUCCAGGCUGCUGUGAUCCAUGCCGUCCCUCCUGGCUUGCCCACCAAAUAUGCAUACCAAAGGGAUGUUGGCAAUGAUGCCUCAUUAACUGUCAGUACUGUUGGAGCCACCCCAGCCGUUGGCAUCCAUAACAGAGAUUUGUCUCCAGAUAUUGCUGGAACCACUGUUGGCCAUCACAUUCCCCUGAUGCCGCCCUUUGAUCCACCAUGUGCUACGACAACAUCCACAGCCCUCAAAUCCAUCAAGUCCCUCGCCCCCCUCCUGGACCGCGUCCUCGUCCAGCGCAUCAAGGCCCAGACCCAAACCGCUGGCGGCAUCUUCCUCCCCGAGUCGUCGGUUAAGGAGCUCAAUGAGGCGCGUGUCCUUGCUGUUGGACCGGGGGGGUUGGAUAAGGAGGGGAAGAUUGUGAAGCCGAGUGUUAAGGCGGGGGAUAAGGUUUUGAUUCCUCAGUACGGUGGUUCCCCAGUCAAGGUCGGAGAGGAGGAAUACGCUCUCUUCCGCGACUACGAGCUUUUGGCCAAGAUCAACGAGUAA